AUGGAAAGUGAUAUUGUCUAACCUUUCAAUGGUCUCCAUGUAACAUCCAUUGGUGGUACUGGAUCCGUAAUCUAGUGAGUGCCAAUUUAUGCCUCAGGAAAUCAGCACCUUCUUCUUUUCCUUUGACAAUGUGAGCCAAGGAUUCUUGGCUACAAACUCUGAAUUCUCCAGCAGGCCAUCGGUGAGGGUUUUGGUGAAGGACAGUGUGUGGGAGAAGCUUGUUUCAAUGCUGAUAAUAGUGUGAUUUGCAGGAAACUGGGUUUCCAAAGCUGUGAAUUUGGAACCACUCGCUAGCAGUGAAUUUCACUUUAUACACACAUUUUAGCUCCCAAGCCCCUAUGAUUCCACAUGCAACUAUUUUCUGUUAGUCACCAUAUGAUAAGUAGUCUGAUUUGUUGUUUCAAUUUUACUUGAAAAAUUCUAGUGUAAUAAGGAGCUUUGGAACAUGCACUUAAGGAGAGAAGGCUGUCUCAGAGCUUGGAAGGACUGCAAGGGUGUGUUUCCAGUUGUGUAAGCUCUCAGAGGGAAGGGAAUGGAGCUGGACUUGAUAAUAUCAGAAUCAUCUGGGAGAAGAGAAGCUUAUUAUCUGGAUUUGGGCAUUCAUAUUUCAGAUAUUCCUACCUGGUCUUCUCUGUCUUCCUCUGCCAUGGCCACAAGAUUUCUUCUGUGUUUGCUUACUGUUUAAGUAAGUUCUACCAUCUGAAAAUGCCUGAUGUUUGCCCUGCGACUGCAUUAUGACUCAUCACUUACCUAUCUGGGAAUGGUUACCUGGCAGUGUGGUCUAGAUUAAAGGAAAAAUGCUAUGUCCAGUUGUCUAAAAAUUGUAUGGCUUGCAGUCCUUCUUUUCCUAACUUCACAGAGUACCAGUUCCAACAACAUCUGAGAAAAAUCUGUUCUGCAUGUAGGAGACCAAACUGUCACUUUUCUUCAGCAGAGCUAGGCCUGUGUGUUCUGCUGCUUUCUGAUGCAAGGACUCCUAGUUUAAUUUGUCAGGAGAUGUGAACAGAAAUUACUCUAACCAAGACCAAGGUGAGGCCUACUAAUACUAUUACUGUAUCUGGCAUAAUGUUUGAAGAAAUAUGUGAACCAUUCAGGACUCACAGGUGAGCAGCAAGAACAGUCAAAGGUCUGAAAACCAACAUCUCUAAAGAGGAAUCCAAACAACCAGCUUUGCAGAGCAAAGGUGACUGAGGGAAGGUGUACAAAGCCUUCAAAUAUCUAGAAGGUUAUCUGCCCAGAGGAAGAUAAUAAAUUGAUCUCUAAAUCCAUCCAUGAGGUGGAUGCAUCACAAUGACGGCAAAGAAGAACCAGGCUUUGCAGAAUGGAAGUGCCAAGGAGAACGUGCUGCAGAGAGUCCUGCAGCUGCCGGUGGUGAGUUCGACCUGCGAAAGCCUGCAGCGGACGUACACCAGCACCAAGGAGGCCCAUCCGCUCGUGGCCUCUGUGUGUGAAGUCUACGAGAGAGGUGUGCAGGGGGCCGGCGCCCUGGCCGUGUGGAGCAUGGAGCCGGUGGUGCGCAGGCUGGAGCCGCAGUUCACUGUGGCCAACGACCUGGCUUGCCGGGGCUUGGACCACCUGGAGGAGAAGAUCCCGGCACUCCAGUACCCAGUUGAUAAGCUUGUAUCUGAACUGAAGGACACCAUCUCCUCCCCCCUUCAAAGUGCCAGAAGUUCUGUUUCCAACACCGUGGACAAGGUCAAGGGGAUAGCGGUGGAGGGUUAUGAGAAGACCAGGAGCACAGCUGAAACCACAGCAAGGUAUACAAGGAGCAACUCAGUGAGCCAGAUGGCAGCUGCAGGCCUUGACACAGCCCUGGGAGGGCUUGAGAAGCUGAUGGAGUACCUCCUCCCAGAAGAAGAUGAAGCAGCAGAUCAGAAGCCAAAAGAGGUUCGUGGAUCAGUGGCAAAGGCCUCCCAGCAGCACCCCAAGGCUCCCAGUGCUCCCAGUAAUCCCAGUACCCUGGGCCGGAUUGGAGCCUUAGUCAGUACCGUCUCCCACCGUGCUUACCAGCAAACGGCCCAAAGCUUCCAGCGUGCCAAAACCAAAGGGCAGGAGCUGGCCACCUGGAUCCCUGGUCUGGGCAGCAUGGUGAAGCCGAGCGUGCCCACGGUGCAGUGCACCCAGAGCGAGGGGCAGAGCACUCCAUCUGGCUGGCUGAGCAGGAGGCAGAGCAAAGUGCCAGAGCAGAAGCAGGAGAAAACAGAGGGGGAAAAAGAGGACGAUGACACAAAUGAGGCAGGGGAAGGCCCAGGGCUGGUGGGCAGCAUGGCUCAAAACCUACAAACUGCCUACGUUUCUGGCAUCUCCAGCGUGAAGAAGGUCCCAGCUGUGGCCUGGGAUGCAGCUGAGGGCUUGAUCCUGUUCACACCCCGCAGGCUUUCCAAGGCCAUGGAGACAGUGGAUGCUCUCGGGGGGACCCUUGUCAGUGCCCCCAAGCAUCUGCUGGGCACCCUGUACAGCUACGUGCCGCUCCGCAGACAGUCAGUGAAGGAAGAGGAGACCACUCGGGGGAGCAAACCCAGUGCUGAGGCAGACCACAAAGAGGAGGAUCCCAAGCCUGCAGCUCCCUCCUCUGAGGAGAAAUCCCAGCUGAAAGGAGACUGGCGAACUUACCGAGGUCACCACCCCCUCUCCUUUUUGGGCCUCGAAGACCCCUUCUUCAUACGCCACAACCUCUAUCGCAGCCCUAACUUUGAGCCCGAGUGCCCUCUCCCUCGCAAAUCAGCCUUCGCCCCCUACAACAGGCGGGUGAGCGAAGGCUCGUACCGCUUCAACCCCGAGGCGAUGUAUACUCGGGCUUAUUACACCAACCUCUACGGCGGCACCUUCAAAAAGGACUGAGCUGGCGUGGGAAGGACAGCGCUCCCUCGCUGCCUGUCUCGCCCACGCCAGCUCACUCUUCUUCACGCUUUGCCGGCAGCACGACGCUGCGGUCAGCAUCCACCCCCGCCAGCUACCCGCAUGGCACCGACCUCUGUCUCCCCCGAGCCCAGCACGAACACAGAGAAGAGAGGAUGGUGGAACCAGGCUUGAGGCUGGAGGGAAACGGGCUGCCCGGGCCCAGUGGUAGGUGUUCCUGGGGACCUGCCCCGCAGUGAGUGACACUGGGGUGGUGAGCUCCAGGUAGCAGCGUGGGGAGGCCUGGGGUGCUGCAGGAUAGCAUCUGAGCAGGGGCAACUGUACUCUCCGUCCCUGCCUGUCAAAAAGUUGGAAAUAAAUGGUCAUUUCCUCUCUUCCAGACAAAGGAAAGGCACCAAACUAGCUAGGUCUUCUAAUAACUUUCAGUAGCCAAAUCAGAAAUGUAAAGGCUAGUCUGUCCUGCUUCUGCUAGAAGAGCCAUAAGGCUCUCCGGCAUAUGUUACGAGCCUCCUCUAGCCUUGGUUCAAAUGAACAAAUAUUGAGUCUUUACAAAGGCAGCCUUCCACCCAGUUACCUAUUGCGCUUACAGGAGAUUAUAACAAAAUAUGAGAGGCACUUUGCCCUCAAACUACACUCUCUUCAUACUUACUCAAUGCAGGAGGAGACUGUUUCUGUUCUCUCAAGACUGUAAUGGGGCUUAGUAACAGCUGUGCAAUGGGAAUUUGUUUCUUUAUGGAGUGGAGUGAGGCCAGGAGGAGGACACUAAAGGCAGCAAGAAGUUGUGAAAGGAAGAAAGUAGGUGGAGAGGAUACCAGAAAUGUGAACGAGAUACAGAAAGACUGGGGAAACCAGAAAACAGAAAAGAGGACCAGUCAGGGCUGGCACCAGGCCACCCUGGUCCUUGAGCAGACAGCAUAGCCUGUACGAACUACAGAGAGAGAACAACAUUGUGAGACAGACCAGUGAAGACAGCAAAGCCAUCAAAUGCCAGCACAGACAGCCUGGUUCCUCCUCCCUCUUCCUUCCAUCCUACCUUGCAGAGCAUGUCUCUGACCCUACUUUGCUCUUUCCAGGCUUAUCUGGGAGCUGGGCUUGAAAGUCCCCAGUGACUAGCAGGAUUUACAAAUAGGAAAGCCCCGGGGAUCGGGCUCGUCAUCCACCAACGAGAGACUAAUGGUAGGGCCUGUGGGGUCAGGAGCAAUACCUGUGACAACAAGUGAAGCCCUUGGAGUCCCUCUCUCCCAUAGGACUGCCUGAUUUCCUGCAACAUGCUGUUCUAUUUGCUGCAGUAAUAAAUCUUCUCUAUUUGCCA